AUGGAAAGUACGGAGUAUGAAUUAAUCCGUAAUAUGACAUUAUUAUUUUUUUUUGAAUGGUUACUGGAUAAAGGAGGACCAAGAACUUUACACGACUUAAGUUGCCAAUUUGGAGCCAAAGGGUUCACGAAAGAAAUGAGGCAAAUAGCUGGUGGAUCUCAAUCAGGGUUGAAAAAAUUUCUAUCACAAUACCCAAGUUUAUUUUCUAUCGAUGGAGAUUUCGUUUACGUGAAUGCAAUUACAACAUUACCAUCAUUAAAUUCCAAGUACGGUGAUAAAAGUACCCGAGAUUACGCCAAAGAAGCAAUCGAUUAUUUUCGCGACAAAUUGCUUCAAUACGGGCCUGGAACCGAAGUACCCAUAAAAUCAUUAUUGGGUCACAGAUCGCAGGCUAGUCCGGAAGUGCGACAUAUGUCUGGACAGCAUAUUAAAGAGUUUAGAGCAUUUCUCGGAAGAUUUCCCGAAGUGUUUGUUUUAAGAGAUGAAAAUGUGAUAUUAAAAGAAUUUGAAAAUUCUGAAGCUCAACCAUUUCAAGAAUUAGAACAAGCUCAAGUUGAUCCGAAAAUAACUGCAAAUUUGAUUGAUUUUUUUUUUCAUUGCAUUGAAGUUAAGGGACCAUUAUUGGUAGAACAAUUAUAUCAAAAUGUUACUUCAAACUUUCCCGAAGAAGCAUGGAGUUGCAUUUUUAAAACUUCACAAGAUUUAGCUACGUUUUUAAAAAUGUAUUCCGAUUCAUUUCACGUACAAUCAAAUUUAGUUACACUGGUUAAUCCACUCAAAAAACCAUUGCAAAACAUUGCAUUAAAAAAUAAUUUGAAUUACCAAAACAACACAGAUGAGGCAAACAAUAAUUUAAAACCAAAAUUUUUACCUUCCGAGCUUCCACAGUUGACGGAUAACAAUAAUCAAACAGAAAUCCCUUAUUCUCCUCAAAAAACAACUGGAUCAUUAACUCCUCCAUCAAUACAAAAUCAAACAUUAAAACAAAGGAUCAAUUCGUUGGUUAUGAAAACCUUAGCUGAUAAUUCUGAAAAAGACAAGAAUCUAGUGCAAAAUUUAAAUAAUUACAAUAGUUCUGGAGUGACUGAACAAUGGAAAAUAAAAAUUAUGUCAGUUACAAAAGUGAUAAAUACAAUCAAAGAAAGUAAUCAAAUAAUCGAUGAUAUUCUUUCUAAAGCCAAAGAGGGAUCAGAAGUUGUUGUUUCUGUUGAUUGCGAAGGAAUCAAUUUAGGGAGCAAGGGCAAGUUGACAUUAAUUCAAAUCGGUACAAUGAAUGGUAAUGUUUAUGUAUUCGAUUUAGUCACUUGUUCUAAUUUGUUUGAAGCUGGAGGACUUGCCAGAUUAUUGACUUCUGAUCAAGUUAUUAAGGUCAUACACGAUUGUCGAAACGAUUCUUCGACGAUAUAUUUUCAAUUCGGCGUCAUAUUGAGAAACGUUUUCGACACGAAAUCCGCUCACGCCGUUAUACAAAUGCAAGAAAUGGGAAAACCCGUUCACAAAGUAAAAGACGUUAGCCUCAACACGUUAUACGAAAUAUACAAUCUUCCGACGAAUCCGAUGAAAGAAUAUUUUAAAAAUAUUUAUAAAAAAGAUCAAAAAAUAUGGGGUAGGAGACCGCUUUCUCGCGACAUGAUUGUUUAUGCUGCCGCGGACGUCCUUUCAUUGGUGCCACAUUUAUAUAGUUUAAUGCUCAAAAUUAUCAAACCGGAAUACAAGAAAUUAUUAGAGGAAUUAUGCGAAGAACAAAUAUACGUUCACAUCAAACCGAUCGAAGUGAAACUUCGUAAAAAUCAAAGGAAAAUAGAAACGGAAGUGAAAGAUUUGAAAAUUAAAUUAUCCAAUCAACAAUUGAAACAAAUAGUUUUAAGUAACAGGGAAAUACGAUUGCUUAGGUACAUAGAUUUAACGGAAAAGGAAAAGGAAAAACUUCGCGGUUCGUAUAAGGUCGCUAAAAAAUUAGAACAAUUGGAAAAUGCGGGUUCGAAAGAUAAUAAUAAUUAUAAUAAUAAAUCUUCGGACUCCGACAGCGAUUUGGACGAAGAAUAUCCGAGUUUGGAUUCUUUUCACAGCGGAAAAGCGUCUCCAAUGCCUGGAGAAUUGGUGUCGUUGAGAAGUCCGUUAUCCGCAUCGGAACCCGUGAGUUUAACCGAAUCCAUGCAAAUGGUCGACGAAAUACUAUCGGAUACUCAAAUAGAUCGACUCGACAAGAUAAAAAGACUGGAAGAAAUUCUUUCGGCGGCAACAUCCGACGUUCAGAUUCCUUUCUCUAAGGAAAAUUCAUUAAAUUUUGCUCAAAACGAACAAUCGCCCGGGAGUGAGGGUAAACACGGAGGGUGCACGUGCAAUUGUCACGAUGAUUUCUACGAUUCGUCUAAUCGUCAAAGCGAAUCGACGACGAGGGGGGACAACGAAGAUGUGGGUUGUCAAACUUUGUCGACGGGUGACAUCGUCAUAACGAAAAUAUGGUUCACGGAAGAGGAAAAGGAAAGGGAAAAAACAUUAUUGUUUUCACCCAAGAAAUCGGCUACCUGA